AUGGAUAAUGGUUGGGCUUUAUUUAGUGCUGCUACGAACGGUCGUCUUGAUGUCACCAAAUAUCUGAUCAGUCAAGGAUCUGUAGUGGAUAGGGGAAUGGAUGAUGGUUGGACUGCAUUGCACAUUGCUGCUAAGAAUGGUCAUAUUAAUGUCAUCGAAUAUCUGAUCAGUCAAGGAGCUGACGUGAAUAGGGGAAUGGAUGAUGGUUUCACUUCAUUACACAAUGCUGCUAAGAACGGUCAUCUUGAUGUCACCGAAUAUCUGAUCAGUCGAGGAGCUGAGGUGGAUAGGGAAACGAAUGACGGUUGCACUGCAUUACACAGUGCUGCUUCGAAAGGUCUUGAUGUCACCAAGUAUCUAAUCAGUCAAGGAGCUGAGGUGAACAAGCGAGAUAAUAAGGGUUGGACUCCAUUACACAUUUCUGCUAAGAAUGGUCACCUUGAUGUCACCGAAUAUCUGAUCAGUGAAGGAGCUGAAGUAAAUAGGGGAAUGGAUGAUGGUUUGACUGCAUUACACAGUGCUUCUAAGAACGGUCAUCUUGAUGUCACCAAAUAUCUGAUCAGUCGAGGAGCUGAGGUAAACAAGGGAGAUAAUAACGGUAGUACUGCGUUACACAUUGCUGCUAAGAAUGGUCAUCUUGAUGUUACCAAAUAUCUGAUCAGUCAAGAAGCUGAAGUGGACAGGGGAACGAAUGAAGGUUGCACUGCAUUACACAGUGCUGCUUCGAAAGGUCUUGAUGUCACUGAAUAUCUGAUCAGUCAAGGAGCUGAGGUGAAUAAGGGAGAUCAUAAGGGUCUUGAUAUCACGAAAUAUCUCAUUAGUAAAGGGGCUGAAGUGAAUAAGGAAGACAAUAGGGGUUUGACUGCCUUACACAGUGCUGCCCAGCAGGGUUAUCUUGAUGUCACGGAAUAUCUGAUCAGCCAAGGAGCUGAGGUGACGAAAAAGGAUAAGGCUGGUAAGACACCUUUACAUCAUGCCGUCCAGAAUGGUUACCUUGAGGUUGUCAAAGCACUGUUGGAGGGAGGAGCACGAUUUGAUAUAGGAGACAUUCACAGACAGACACCUCUACAACUGUCUGUUAUCCGUGGGUACCAAAGCAUCGCUGAUCUAUUCAUCGAUCAUUUGAAUUCCAAGAAUGGUCACCUUGAUGUCACCGAAUAUCUGAUCAGUGAAGGAGCUGAAGUAAAUAGGGGAAUGGAUGAUGGUUUGACUGCAUUACACAGUGCUUCUAAGAACGGUCAUCUUGAUGUCACCAAAUAUCUGAUCAGUCGAGGAGCUGAGGUAAACAAGGGAGAUAAUAACGGUAGUACUGCGUUACACAUUGCUGCUAAGAAUGGUCAUCUUGAUGUUACCAAAUAUCUGAUCAGUCAAGAAGCUGAAGUGGACAGGGGAACGAAUGAAGGUUGCACUGCAUUACACAGUGCUGCUUCGAAAGGUCUUGAUGUCACUGAAUAUCUGAUCAGUCAAGGAGCUGAGGUGAAUAAGGGAGAUCAUAAGGGUCUUGAUAUCACGAAAUAUCUCAUUAGUAAAGGGGCUGAAGUGAAUAAGGAAGACAAUAGGGGUUUGACUGCCUUACACAGUGCUGCCCAGCAGGGUUAUCUUGAUGUCACGGAAUAUCUGAUCAGCCAAGGAGCUGAGGUGACGAAAAAGGAUAAGGCUGGUAAGACACCUUUACAUCAUGCCGUCCAGAAUGGUUACCUUGAGGUUGUCAAAGCACUGUUGGAGGGAGGAGCACGAUUUGAUAUAGGAGACAUUCACAGACAGACACCUCUACAACUGUCUGUUAUCCGUGGGUACCAAAGCAUCGCUGAUCUAUUCAUCGAUCAUUUGAAUUCCAAGCUCGACGAUACCGAUUUCCCGUAUAUCUAUCUUGCUACGCAACACGGCCAUACCUCUACCAUUGAGAAAUUAGUAGCUAAGGGAGCUAAUCUUAAUGUCCGGUCAACUGAUGGCCAGACGUGUCUCCAUGAAGCCAUUAAACUCUGCUAUGAGAGCAGGAAAAUUGUGCAAGAAACUGAUAAACUUAGAAAGAUCUCUGAUGUGUAUUACAAGGGCGAACUAUCCACCGAGAGGGCCUUAGUGUUUUAUCUCCUAGAUAAUGGAGCCAAGUUAGAUGUGCAGGAUGAGACAGGCAACCUACCAAUCCAAUAUGCCAAGGACGAAGUGGUCAAACAGAUGAUUUUUUCCAGGAAUGCCAGUCCGGACAUCAACCUAGAGGACCAUGGUGUAUCACUAGAUAUUCCUCCGGAGGUUGAUCAUCAGAAUGACUCGUACAAGAUCACCAUAACCCCCUUGAGAGACCCUCCCAGUGUUGACAUCCAAGAUGAUGAAUCAAUGGCCUGCUUUGGAAUCAGAUGUGACCCUCCUGCCAUGAUCUUCCACCAACCUGUUAAGAUCAGAAUACCACACUCUUCCUUGGUCGGGAACCCUGAUCUAGUGACGCCACACAUCGUUUCCCGUGCAUGGGAUUCAGUCAAGGAUCUACCAGUAACAUCAAGAAAGAUAUCAUCCAACUCACCAGAUGAACCACCAUACUGCAGAGUGUACAAGAGACACCUUGAGCUAUACAUUGGUCACUGUGCUGAGUGGUGGGUUCUUCUUCCUUUUGAACAACGGGUGAUCCGACACCAACUUAUGUGCACCCCCUACAUCCCAGACAGUAUACAGAGAGAGCAACGAUUUGAGAUUCACCUUCAGAUGCACGCGGAUCUACCUGGGAUGGAAAAGAAUAUAGAAGAAGAGAAGAAGCAACAGUCUUACCGUAAGAACCAUCGCUCUGUUCCCUUCAGUGUUGAAUCUAAGUCUGGUGAUGUGACGGUGACGUGUCAUCGUGAAGGCGUCCAAGUUGAAAGCACGGUGAUCAACAUUUGCAAGCAUUGA